GACAUUAAGGGACUGGCAGGGAUAAAGACCUCCGCUGGAGGAGUGACUUGUGCUCUGCUUUAUCCUUGAGCAGCCACCCCUACUCUGACUCUCUCUCCCUCUCCGUCUCUCUUUUUUUCCCUCUUUGUAAAACAGUCGAAAAAGCAGCAUGCCCCCCAAGAAGCCUGACCCAAAGAAGCCCGAACCAAAGAAAGAGGAACCGAAGGCAGCACCUAAGCCAGCACCACCACCAGAGCCGGAGACCCCCAAGGAAGUCCUGUUUGACCCAGCUAACAUCAAACUUGAAUUCACGCCCGAUCAGAUUGAAGAUCCAGGUUCCAGCUCUGAUCGCUUGUGGAGACUUUCCACCUUUGUACGCCAACAAAUACAGUCACCAGAAAUGUGUCUCAUGUCAGGAGAAGUAAAUGUUGCCAAAGAAUUGGUUUUAUACCCACCUCGCAAACCUUGUGCUUGGAUGCAUCAUCAAGCAGAAUUUAAGGAAGCCUUCUCGCUCUUCGACAGAACUCCUAGCUCUGAGAUGAAGAUCACAUAUGCGCAGUGUGGAGAUGUUCUGAGGGCUUUGGGGCAGAAUCCAACCCAAGUGGAGGUCCACAAAGUCCUUGGCAGACCCAAACCAGAAGAAAUGAACAGCAAAAUGAUUGACUUCGAGACCUUCCUGCCCAUGCUCCAGCACAUCUCCCAGACCAAAGACACGGGCACCUAUGAGGACUUUGUGGAAGGCCUGCGAGUGUUUGACAAGGAGGGGAAUGGAACGGUCAUGGGUGCUGAACUCCGCCAUGUUUUGGCGACUCUGGGUGAGAGGUUGAGUGAAGAGGAGGUUGAUAAGCUAAUGGCUGGCCAGGAAGAUGCCAAUGGUUGUAUCAACUAUGAAGCUUUUGUGAAGCACAUCAUGUCCAACUGAACACUAGGACAAGACAGAUUCCGAUGAACCCCCGAUGCUGGCCUUGGAUUUUGACGUAACGGAAUGUCUCUUCAUUUGCCAGCCCAGAUUCCUGUUACAAAGCUACAAAAUGUCCCAGCCCUGAAGUUAUUUGGAUAAUUUUUUUUUUCAUGGGAGGAUGGGUGGCCUUUACAGAGAUGUGGCAAUCAGAAGGAACUGGGGUCUGAAUUUUGAGUACCUGGGCACUCUCAUUGCUCUCUGAUACCUAAGAUAAAACAGCGACUUGAAUCAUAUAGGCUGGGGGGAAGGAUAUUUCACUUAUUUCAUACCAAAAAAGAACUGGAAGAUCUGAAAUGUAGCAGAGAUUUUUUUCCCCCUAACACAACUGGAUCCAUCUCUUUGCAUUUGUUGCGUCCGGAGGAAUUUGAGGCUUCAAAGUUAGCUCAGAAGUAAGCUGGAAUAGGUGGAAUUAACACUGAUUAGUGUAAAGAUCUCUCUGGUGGGCAGGAAAUAUUGUCUGGGGGUGUACUGGACCUUGAGGGAAAGUGGGGGAGGGAUAUGCGUAAUACCCACCAAUGCGCCAACAAAUGCAACCUAAUGCACCAGCUUCUGGGAUAUAGAAGGUGCAAGUUUAGUUUCAACCUGAAAAAAAACCCUUUUCUGGCAUGAAGUGUGGGCAUUUUAACUUGUUUUUGUGUCAGUUAAAAGGUGUCACAAAAAAAGUCCACCUUGUCCAUAAAGGUCUCUUCCAGGUCAACAGCCUGAAUGAUGGAGUAAGUGAAAUGUCUGUCCCGGUUCAGAUUGGAGAAUGUUCUAAUAUACAUGCCUAUUGUUACUGUAGCUUUUCUCAUUAAAGCAUUCUUUUCUCA